AGAGAGCUUGAAGCGAAUUUAACCUUCACAGCGAGGGAGGGAGGGAGGGAGAGAGAGAGAGUUCCAUCCUCCACUUUUGCUUCUUCAGUGAAGCAUGCAGGACUCAGAGGAAAUUCGAAAUCUACCCAUAGACAUCGCCUUCGGUCGUCUUGGAGAAUGGUUAGUCGAUCGCAAGAGGAUCCCGGCUGAUUGGAGAAAACGCAUGAGCUCUAUCAGGGCAAAGAUUUCCUCGGCCUUCUCCUCCCUGCCCAAACACCUUGAUCCUUUCUUCCUAACCCUAGACGCUGAAGCCAUUGGCUACUUGGAAACAAAACAAAUAUACAGUACUCUGCUGAAUACAACCUCAGAAAGCCGUAAUUUUUUUGGGCGGUUAUCAGGUUCUGCUGGUGAGUGGGAGAACAUUGUGAGAGCUUAUGAGAAGGAUUAUGUGUUUCUUGGAGAGGCUGCUCAGAUGAUCGUCCAGAAUGGCAACUAUGAAAUUCCUUUUCAGAAAAAGCAGGUUCAUAAGAUUCAACAACAACUAGCAGAAUUAGAUCGCAAAGAAGUUGAAAUCAAACGAAAUUCUUCUCUUUCUGCUGCGAAGUAUUCUGAAUAUUGUCAGGAGCUUGGGCUGCAGGGGAAAAAUGUGAGGCUGGAGCUUUUAGAGGCAGCUAAAUCUCUUCCUGCUACGUUCAGCAGAAUAUUGGAAGUUCUUAAUGGUGAUUCUGUUUUAAAAGCCAUUGAGUAUUACUCAAACUUUUGCAGAGAUGCUCAUACAGAGAAUGAGAAGAGUGCAGUUGUUGUACUCCAAGUUUUGAGGAAUCUUCAUCAAAAUCCCCCGUCGCUCAAUAUCUCAAUGUCCCUUGAAGUCCAAAAUUCUCUGCACGCUCAGUCAAACUUGUGUUCUACACAUCCUAUGGCAGUAGAAGGAUCACCUGAUAUUGAUGUUGCUACUGGUGAUAUUGAUUGGGACAUCUCUCUGGUUGAUACCCAAAUUGAUUGGGACAUUGAACGAAAUGAAUUAACAGGGGAUGGAUCUGGUUUAUGUGAGAUAAUUGAUCCUCAUAAGGAGUUACAGGUAUCUGAAACUGGCGAUGGUGUUGUAUCUGAUAAUAAUACACCACUAAAUGUGUUGGAAGCUGGAAUUGUUUCUGGAGCUGCGGAGACAGAGAUAUGCUGGGAUAUUUGCAUUGAAAAUCCUCAGAUGGACGCAGCUGAACAUUUUACUCCACCAAGUUCAAGCCAAGAAGUUCAACAAAUUGAUCCAGUAGCGCCUUGUGUACCUCAAUCUUUAGAAGAAGAGAGAAGCCAACUUUUAGAUACAGAAUAUAGAAAUAAAAUUCUUGAUGAUCUAUAUGAGCUAAAAUCAUUUCUAAAUCAACGGUUGGUGGAAAUGAGAAGUGAUGAGACAUCCUCAUUGCAACAUCAAGUUCAGGCAGUUGCUCCUAAUAUGCUACAACAAUAUGCUCCAGAUGCAGUUGAGGCUCUGCUAUCGGAGGUAUCUUUGGCCAUUUCUUUGCUCACAAACAGGAAGACUCGUGACAUGAUUAUGAUUCUUAAUUCAAAAAGAUUUCUAGAUAGAUUGGUGUCAACACUUGAGGAAAAGAAAAAUCAUGAAGUGAAGCUCAGGGAGAGUUUGAAAGAUUUGGCUGUGAGACGGAGAGAGUUGCAAAAUACUCUAGCAUCAUCAUGGCCUAAGCAGGAAACCACAAUAGCUAAAACAAGGGAGCUCAAGAAGCUCUGCGAGUCAACGCUGUCCUCAGUAUUUAACGGAAGGCCAGUGAAUCUAAUCGGAGAAAUCAACAAUGUGUUGACAAGUGGUGUUGGUGCAUAAGGCAAAUCUCUAAAGACACCAAUUUGGUCAACUGAAGGUGCCCUUCUAUCCAUUUUUCACUACAAAAACUGAUAAAAUAUUCUUUUUCACGUGAAUUAUCUACUUGUUCAGAUAAGCCAACUGAUUUAUUUAUUGGAAGCAAUGAGUAUAUCUAUCUCAUCUUUUGUAGAAAAACCAAAUCUGCUGUUGUAGAAACGCAUUGCCUCUCAGUUAUUAUUUUUAUUAUUUUUAGAAUAGCA